AUGGCGACCCCGAACUCGAAGAAACCGCUCGCUGACCGCUCGAAUUCUUCACCAUCGAUGCGAACCCCCUCCGGAAACGGUCCUAGUAGGUCUCCGGCGGCCAGCUCUGUGCCGGCAACCUCAGGUCAAGGCCUUGCCCGUACUCCUUCCAUCCGACAGACCCGGCCUUUGCGGAAAGCGCCCAACCGCAUGAGCAGUUCUGUUCCUUCUGCCACUGACACCGACGCCGAAGACGAGGAGGUCAAAUCUGCAAAUGCGCAGUUGAUUGCAGACUUGAAAGAGCAGGUCCAACGUGCUGAACAAGCGUCCGAACAAUAUAGAAAGCAACUGGAGAUCAUGCAACGACGGUUGGAUGAAACUGCGGCGGAGCAGACCAGCGCUGAAGAACGUGACUACCAGAGACAAACAGAAUUGGACCGCCUAAGGGCGGAGAUCAAGGAUCUCACCAGACAGCGCCGAGAGCUCGAGUUGACAUACAAUGAGGACAAACAAGUGUUCCUAGAAGAGCGCGAAAGACAGGCGGUCAAGGAGGCAGAUCUCCAAGGUGUGAUCGGCCGGCUCAAUGAAGCACUGCGGGCUCGGGGCGCGGAAAGGGUCAGCGCUAGUCGGUCCGCAAGCAACGGCGAUUCACAGUUUCAAGACGGAGGUGUUUACAGCGAUACCAGCAAGCGGGACGAUCCGGCUUCAGACUUGGUUCAGACACUGCGACAAAAGGAGUCUGAUCUGGAGGCUCUCAGAUUUGACCUCGCCGAAGCCCAAUUAAAGCUCGCUGAACAAGAACAUAUGGGGGACGGCCGUCUCCAGUCACUAGAGAAAGCACUCAUGGAGCUGAAAAUGCAAAAUGCAAGGCUAGUGGAGGAGAAUGAGAGUUUUCAAAUGCUUCUGAGCGAGAAGACUUUAAAGGGCGACUUCAUCCACCAUCAUCACCGGGAAGAAGAUGUCAGUGGAAUGAGUACCCUUGCCGAAGAGCUCGAGUCAACCGAGGAGGACACAACGGAAGGCCAGAGUGAAGCCUACAAGAAGGUCGAGGCGGAGCUUAAGUCGGCGAAGGAGGAGAAUAAGGCUCUUACAUUGUACGUCGACAAGAUCAUCGGGCGUCUCCUUCAGCAUGAAGGCUUCGAGCAUAUCAUCCACGACAAAGACGAGCCUCCGCCACUUCCGGCCAAGAUAACGUCAACCGAGAAAGCCCUCCCUUCUGUGCCAGAUCAGCAGGCGCCUGGCCCGCAUGCUGCACACACCGCAGCCGGAGUCGCUACCAAUCUGCUGCAGAGAGCCAAAUCUGUUGUGUCACGGCCGGGGCCACGGGCGCGUCCCAUGUCUUACGCGCAGCCGCCCGCAACGCCGUCGGCAAACGAAAAUCCGGAGACGGCGCCCAGCAUCCCACUGAAUCGGGGACAUCACCGGGCUCGAUCUGAUCAGGCCCAGGCGGACAUGGCAGCUGCCGCACUUGUUCAACAAAUGAACCGCGCGUCUCCCAUGCGGACUGCGUCUGGAGGACCAUUGAGUCCAGGCAUUCGACCUCUGAGUCCGCAAUUGGCACAACAGAGGCGGGGUUCAUACUUUGGAGCGCCAACUACAACUCCUCGCGCACCGUCGGGCUCGGGUCCCUCUGGGGCCAGCCCGGCCCACAGUUUUACCAGCGAGACUAGCGAAGAAGUCAAAUCCAAUACGGAUGGAAGUUCCACAGCCGCAAUGGCGGGCGGACACAGUCAAGGCCUGGGUCAAGGCCAAGGCAACCUUCCUGGAGCUGUGAUGAAGCAGAACCAGUUAAGGCCACUUCGGCUGGUACAGGAGCAAAGCCAGAUGGACGAGGAAAUGCAGAAACGGGCCAAUAGGGGAAGUUGGAUAGGAUGGCUCCGAGGCAGUUCGAUCGAGGCCCAGCAGGAAUAA